CUGUCGCACAGUUGCAUAAUCAGCCAACAUGGCCGCCUCCAUGAGACUGCUGAUCCGGAGGGUGAUCCGUCUCUCUCACACAAACGUAAACGUAACCUCCGCUGCAGUUUCGGCCCGUGCAGGUUGCUGUUGGGGACCGACGACUUGUCGUUGUUUCAGCGAUGCUGCCGGAGACAGAAGUACACAUUUUGGCUUCGAAACGGUGCCAGAGAUGGAAAAGGCAAAGAGAGUGUAUAAGGUGUUUGAAAAUGUGGCACAGAAAUAUGACAUCAUGAAUGAUGCGAUGAGUCUGGGGAUACAUCGCCUGUGGAAGGACAUGCUGCUUCAUGUCAUGCAUCCCCAGCCAGGUGUCCAGCUCCUGGAUGUAGCAGGAGGAACAGGUGACAUCGCCUUCCGAUUCUUGGAGUACGUUCGCUCUCAGCAAGAGAGGCAGCAAAGGCGAGCAACACGGUCCAUGCAGACGCCCUCGUGGCAGGACAUUUCUGGUAACUACUCUGCUGAGGGAGUGGAUGAGUCCCAGGAAUCUCGUGCUGUGGUCUGUGACAUCAACAAGGAGAUGCUGAAAGUGGGGAAGCAGAAGGCAGAGAGCAUGGGGAUUAGUGCUGCUGGUCUGUCCUGGGUGGUCGGGGAUGCCGAAGAGCUGCCGUUUGAUGAUGACCAGUUUGAUAUUUAUACCAUCGCUUUCGGGAUUCGAAAUGUCACUCAUAUAGAUCAGGCAUUGCAAGAGGCUUUGCGGGUUUUGAAGCCUGGUGGCAGGUUCAUGUGCUUAGAGUUCAGCAAAGUAACAAAUCCUGUGUUAGCAAGGCUUUAUGAUGCGUACAGUUUUCAGAUGAUCCCAGUUUUAGGAGAGGUGAUCGCUGGAGACUGGAAGUCGUACCAGUAUCUUGUAGAAAGCAUCCGAAAGUUCCCUGACCAGGAGGAGUUUAAAGGAAUGAUUGAAGAUGCAGGAUUCUAUUGUGUGCAGUACUACAACCUCACAGGUGGAGUUGUGGCUCUACACUCAGGUUUCAAGCUUUGAGAUGGACCAGAACACCUCAUUUAAAAGCUAGUUUUGAAGAGAUUGAAGAGAAAUCUGACAUGGAUGUUAGAAUCCUCUGCAGAUGUCACUGCAUGUUGACUAAGUCAGAGGUCAUUUUAUUUAAUGAGAGAGUUUUUCUAAUUUCCUGUUUACGUGUCAAUCUUUAUAUUGUAUUAAAUGCAAAAACAAGUGUGAAGAACACAAAAUAUUGCUGUAUCUGUGACAGCAUUGCUUUGACAACUUGUAAGGGAAACUGCACCAUUGAAUUAUUUUUUUGUAAUCUAAGUUUUGUUUAAGAAUAAUAAAACUUAAAAGUUGA